CUGGUGGUGGAAGAGACGCUGUCAUCUGCGGACAGUAAGCUGAGCGGGGAACUGAGGCACGAACUGCUGGAGUGGCAUCCGAGCACUGGAUUACUCGCACUCGCCACUUAUCACGCAUCAGUCGGUGGAGAAGUCAGUUUCUUCACAAAUCAGGUAGACCCAUUUACACCUCAUUCUAGUGGUUAA